AUGGCGCAUAUUCUUUUCGAUACAAUGCCUAGUUGGAUAAAAUAUCAUAAUGAGAAAGAUAUUCGAAUCGUUCGAAAGGUAUAUAGUAUUGGUGAUUUACGGUACAUUAACGAUUACGAACAAUUUUCAUCAACUAUGUCGAAAUCACCAAUUGAAAAAAUUAAACAUCAUAUCUCAUCAUCAUCCAAUUUGACGUUAAGCAAUAAUACAAUGUUGACAAGUACAUUUGGAAAGUUGUUAGUUCGAAAAUUAACACAUCGUUCAAUAAGAAACAUAACAAAAAGUACAAACGAUUUGAAUAGUAAUUGUGAAUGGUAUGAUUCUUCAAUAGUAGAAAAUAAUAUGAUAUCAAAAGAAAAUAUACAAUUUAUUGAACGAAUUGGUGAAGGAAAAUUUGGCAUUGUUUAUAAAGGUUUUUAUAGAACAAAAGAAAAUGAAAUAUUAACUGUUGCUAUUAAAAAAUUAAAUCAUGAGUUUAACUAUGAUGAUAUAUCAAAAGAAGUAUAUAAUUUUCAAGAUGUUAAACAUCCACAUAUCGUUCAAUUUUUUGGUAUUAUUAUUGAUACUGAUAAUUCAAUUAUGUUUAUAAGUGAAUAUGCACAUGCAAAGUCACUUUAUGAAUGUUUAAUAUUAACAAAUGCUAAAUAUGUAUAUUCAAUAGAAAUUUUACUUGAAUAUUUAAAACAAAUAAUAUCAGCAAUGAAUUAUUUAGAAAAGAAACUUUUAACUCAUCAAAAUUUAUCUUGUCGAAAUUUUCUUGUUUUUAAUAAAACACUUAUUAAACUUUCAGAUUUUGGUUGUGGGAAUUGGAAUACAUUAUGGAAAGAUAGAUUAAAACUACCAAUAGCAUGGAUGAGUCCUGAAGCAAUAUAUGAUCAUUGUUUUACAACAGCGUCAGAUGUUUUUUCAUUUGGUGUUUCAAUGUGGGAAUGUUUUAGUUAUGGAGAAAUACCAUGGAAAGAACUGACGAAUGAGGAAAUUGCCAAUGCUAUCAAUACACCCAAUCAUCAACGACUAUCAAGGCCAGCUUAUGCUACAUCUGAAUUGUAUCAAAUAAUGCUUCAUUGUUGGAAAUAUGAACCAUGUGAACGUCCAACAUUUUCUCAAUUAGAAAAAACAUUACGAGACAUUGAAUUCAAACAAGUACGAUGGAAAGAAAAUAAUAAUAAUAAAUCAAUAAAUUUACCUGAUGGUUUUCUUUCAAUAGAAUCCUGUCGACGUGGACCAUUAACAAUUCUCGAUCGAUGUUCUGAUAUUGUAUCUUCUUUCUUAGGCAUAAAGAGAAAUGCAACAAAAACGAAAUGUAAACCAAUUUCGAAAGAUAUGAUCAGUUCACCUCAAUCAGAUUUUAUUCAUGCAUGUCAUAUCGGAGUAACAGAUAAAGUCUGUGAUGAUAUGACUUCUCUUAUUGAUAUUAAGAAAACUGACGUAAUGAUUGAACCAAUUUCAGCACACUCAACUAUCAAUUCUAUUGAACAAGAAUCAAAUCAGGAACAAACUUCAUCUUUACUCGAUGAAGUUAUGCAAGCAUUUACAGAAAUUUAUUCUGAAACAGAAUCAAAAUCUUUAUCAGAAGAUAAUUUACUAAUAAGAUCAUCAUCAUCAUCAUCAUCACAAUCUCCAAAAAUAAAUUUUCAACCGUCAUCUGUCAAUAUAAAUCAAUAUCCAUCAGUUACCAUAACAGAUUCAUCAUCACUUACUUGCUUCUUAUCUCAAUUACAAAUAAAUAAAUCAAAUGAAUUUGAAGAACAUUCACGAAAUGGUGAUCUCAACGAACAAGGAAAACAUAUAUAUAAUUCAUCAUGUUCAUCAUCAACACAUGAUGAACCUUCAUCUUCAUCAUCAUAUAAUCAAGAAAAAUCUGAUUCUCAUUCACAUUAUUCAUCUGUAUCAACAGAUAAUGAUGAUAAUCAUUCAAUAAUUAGUUUAAAUUCACGAUCAUCAUUAAUAAAUAAAACAAAACAAGAACAUUCAAUAACAGGACAACCUUUACCACCACCACCAGAUUUAUCAAGUUUAGGAAGUAAAUUAACAACUGCAACAAUGAAACAUAUUUUUGAAUUACCACCAACAUUAACAUCAAAUAAAUAUCGAAGAAAAAGUAUGAAUUGUCAUUGA